AUUGCAAUGUAAACAGCUUGUUCGCUCGGUGGUCGGCUGCUCGCGAGGCGGGCGCGCGGCGUCAGUCUGCCCGCCGACACCGCCCUCGCCUCACGCCGACAGACCAUGCACCCUACCGAGUGGUCCAUUCAGUAAUUUGUUUCAUCAACUCGACCAUCAUGUGUGCCUUAAAGAGACUUUACUUUGUUGUCCUCAUAAGUUUAUUACUACACAGUUGCGCGAAUGGAAAGAAAUCUAAGAAAAUCAAACGGCCGACGGUUGAUGAUGAAGAGACCACCCCGCAGCCAAAUGUGGUCACUUACUCCUCGUUUGGGUUCAAUGACGUCGGGAAUGCAUAUGACGGGUUCGUGCCGAGCUCCCCCGACUACGCUAAUUACCUGAGCAACAGCAACCAGGAGAGCUCGACCAGGCUCUACGCGCCGGCCUUCCCCACGGCCAUGGACCACAGCCCCUACGGCCAGCAGGAGGCGGGGUUCCCGGGCUCGGCCCCGGACAACCGCGAGCACGGCAUGCUGCAGUACAACCCGGGAACAUACAACUUUGGGAACUCACCCAACUACGGCUCCUCUCACUUAGACAUGCCGAGCCAGGUCGGACGGGAAGAUAAUGGAGAUGGAAAUGAGGACGAAUAUAAUUCACCUGUCUACGGAACCAAGUUGGGAUCCAAAGGCAAUAAAAUGCGGCCGGGUAAUAAUUAUAAUUCGUCUAUAGUGUAUGGAAGUUCUCCUUAUAAUCCUGUCGAGGAAAAGCCAAGCUAUCACGAGAUGCAAGCUGCAGAAGAACAGAACAAACAUCAAAGUCAGCAGGGUGAGUCGGGAGCCAGUUCUUACAAUUACUUUAAUAAUUAUGCGCCAAUAUUUCCAUCAAGUGGCAAUAGCAAUAACGGCGAAGAUACAAAACAGAAUUCAAACCCAGGCCCAAACUCUGUCAAGUACAAUAAAGUUGUUGAUUUCACGAAAUACAAACCAUCUUAUCCUCUCGAACUCGACAACAAGUAUGCCACCGGAACUGUAAGACCCUCAAAUAUGAAUAUGAAUAACAUGAAUAUGUACAACUCAAUGACGAAUGGGCAGAACGACAAUUCCUUUUCGAAUCAAUAUUAUCCGUCUGACAACGAAAAUCAACACACACAAAAAUACAAACAAGAACAAUACGAGCCGGAUGAGCCUGAACAAGUGGCAACCAAACCAAUAGGUACCAAUUACAUGGAAUUCUCAGUUAAUCACGUUCAAAAUCCAAACAAUUACAAAGAAGCAAAACCGAAUGCCGAAUACAAAGAUAAAUUCAAAACCAAACCAUGGAACAACUACAACGCUGAAGUAAAUAAUUACAAGAAUUCAUUUAAAAACAACGAGUAUAACGAUACAAAGUCUAACUUCAGAAGACCAUUCCGAGCUAACAAUGAUGAAGUACCAGCGGCAAGUAACACCAACGUCGUCGACUUCACCAACUACAGAUAUCCAGAGACUGAUUUUUCUAAUUUCAAAAACAUGAAUGACUAUAAAUCGGAGGGAUCAGAAAACUACCCGAGUGUUCAAUCGUUUAAAUACCAAGACGUCCAGGGUGAGAGCGACUACUAUAACCAGCUGAAGGGUCUGUUCACCACCACGCCCAGCUCCACCUCGCACUGGGGCAGCAUGUUCAAAAACGGAGACCGUCAGCGCCCGAAGAAGCCGCAGUCCACUGACGACGAAGUAGUCCACAUACCCAAGAGACUGAAACUGCACAAGCAGCAAACCGGCAAACACUCCGAGUACCAAUCUCCGCUAAAGCAUGGACUUUACAAGGGGAAACCUCUAGAUGAAUGGAACAAAGAGGUUUCCAACAGGUUUAAAAACGAGGAGGAUUUGCUCGGGCUACGGAACCACGACACGUCGCACCCGCAGUAUUUGCCGAACUUCAAGCAAGCGUUUGCUGAUGCGGAGGACCAGUUCAAGAACUACAUGUCCGAGGCGGAGUACAAGAAGCUGGUGGACAAGUGGCGGCAGUCGUACAUGCGCUCCAAGUAUGGCCCUAACAAGGACACGGAGGCUUACGGUUCGGAGACCCGCCCCAUGCACGUGCCCAUCCCCAAGCCAUACCCGAUCGAGGUACCGCACCCGGUAAUCGUUCCGGUGCCGCAACCGUACCCGGUCCGGGUGCCAGUACCGAAGCCGGUCGCCGUGCCGGUGAUCCGGGAAAUCACCGUGCCGAUAGAGAAGCCCGUGCCCUACCCGGUCAUCAAGAAAGUGCCUUAUCCGGUUGAAAAGCCCGUGCCAGUGCACGUGGAAAAAGAAGUGCAAGUGCCAGUGAUGAAGCCCUACGCCGUGCCAGUCCCGCACGUCAGACCCGUGUUCCACCACUCGCGGCCCUACGACGAGGUGGAGGGCGAGCGCGAGCUGGACCACGAGGAGCUGGACUACAUGCCGCGCCCCGAGGCUUCAAGAGGGAAGAAGUACAUCCGGAGUAGCUAUAAGAAGACUAGAAGCAACCGCAACCGGUCGCGGCGGCCCAGCUCGUCCUACUACAACCGGCGCCGGAUGCCCGUCCGGCGCUCCACGCCCGCGCCCGCCCGCGCCGAGCCGCCGCGCCCGCGCCGCCGCCCGCCCCCCGCCUGGGGGACCCCGCGCCACCGCUACGCACCCAGCCACGACUACGACGACGAUAGAGAACUGGAUCAUGAGCACCCACACAACGAAUACUAUGAACACUAGUGCCUGGUGACAGUGAGACCUUAGGCCGCGUUUUCACUUGGCUGUCUAAGUUAAACAGGCCAGAGGCCAACAGUGGCUAGGUAGGUGAAUGAAUAUAGUAAGUGAAAACGCAGCUUUAUUCAGCUUUAACAGUUUAAGACUUUGUGCCUGUCUCUUGCAUAAUUCUCGUUCCAAAUUAUUGGUGUUCUUUUUACCGUGCCAAUGUUAUUCUCCCUGUUAGAUUAGUAUCGUUCGGUUGGUUAAGAAUUGCAUUUUUGACGUUGUAUUGUUAAGUCUUGUGUAUAAAGUUAAGGAAUGUAGUUGUAAUUGGUUGUAAAAUAGAUUUUGUAUUAAAAUUAGCCUGAGUUUCAUUUGAGCCGCCACGGCAGAGUCGACGUUGCAUGAAAGUGCGUACGAUGCGUUAAGUGACGAGAGUUGUAGAGUGGUUAGAGGAAUAUAUUGUAGGAGGUUG